AUGGAAAGAUUACUUGAAUUGCAACUCGUUUCUAAAGUUUGCAAAGAACUAGAAACAAAUAUUGGAUCGGGAGAAAAGGCUCUUGCUGAAUUUGUAAUUUAUUUGGCAAGAGAAGAAUCCAAGAACGUUGAUGAUUUUUACAACAAAUUAAUUGACAAUGAUGCGGAAUUACCAAGAGAUUUUGUAGAAAGAUUGUAUGCAAUGAUACAUAGAAUGUCCAAUUCUAAAUUAGCUUCAUCAUCUGGUAAUUCUAGCAGUGCAGAUGGCAAAUUCACGAGUGCUGGUCAAUUCUCGGUGAGCUCACUCGUUAAAUCGGAAGAGAAAGUAUCUGGAGAUGGCUUAUCGGAUAACAAACAAAAAGAGGCUGUUACAGUCUCAUCGGACCAAAUUAACGAUCGAUUACAUUCAUUUGAUAAGAGCAUUAAAGAAGAAAUGGAAAAUAAUUUAAGAAGGAAAUUGGAAUUGACGAAAAAAUUCCCAAGUUUAUGUUUACCUGACAAAUCAACAGUAUAUAGCUCGGCGAAUGAAAAAACACCCAGUGACAAGAAGGAUACAUUUGACAGGAAAGAUACCAGUCAGCUCGACAGAUAUGACUCCAAAAGUCAAUUCAGCGACAAAUCUUUAGAUUCUCGCAGUAGUCGUUUUUCUAAUGACGACAGAAAUAGAAACGCUCCAGGGUCGUCGUCUUCAGCUGACGGCUCAUCAUCUAGACGCAAUGCUAAGAGAGAAUAUACAGAUACCAUAGAAGUCAAUCAGAUUUAUAAGGCUCGAGUUUCUGGUAUCAAAAAUUAUGGUUUCUUUGCUAGACUUGAGGAGACGAUUGAUGGUGUGAUUGUACGUGGAAAUAAGGAUGGUCUAUGCCACAUUAGUGAAAUCAGUAAUGAAAAAAAAGUAACCAAAGUUGACGACGUGGUCUCCCGAAAUGACAUUGUUUUCGUUAAGGUCAUUGUUGCUACCGAGUCCAGAGUAUCCCUCUCGAUGAAAGAAGUAGACCAACAAACAGGAAAGGACCUAUUUCCAAGGAGAGCCCUCGCAAAGAAUAUGGGAGUACCAAGUCGUGAAGAAGAAUCCAAGCUCUUAACUCAUCACUCUGGCAUUUCUCCAGCAUUCUUAGAUACCAGCAAAGACGCGAGAAGACCAGUGAAAAAGCAGAACCCCUACGAUAUGUGGGAAGAAAAACAACUGAGAGCUUCUGGAAUGGCAAGCGAAGGUGGUGUAAUUAAUGAAGAAACAGGAGAAAUCAAUUAUGACGAAGUGGAAGAGGAUGUUGAAAUUGAAUUGAGUGAGAAGGAACCCAAGUUUUUGAGUGGACAAACCAUGAAGGGAGGAAUGGCCUACUCACCCGUACGUCUCACUCAAGUCAGAGACGGUACUUUGGCCAGAAUUGCCGAAAAACAAUUGGAAUUUGCACAAGAACGUCGAGAAAUUAAGGAAGAGCAAAAAGCAAAACUGCAAGGAGACAUGGCAGAUCUUGAAGCAGACGAUCCCCUUUCAGAAUACUAUAGACGUAUCAAUGAAGCCACUGACUUUUCAGGAAUGAAAGGAUUUGCUGGUCAGGGAGCUCCAGAUUGGAGAAAAACAGCCAUCAGUGGUGUUGCUCAACGAACCUCUGCAUCAACCAUCAAGCAACAACGAGAGAGUUUACCAGUUUACUCGCUACGAAAUGAGCUCAUUACCUCUAUUAGAGACAAUCAAAUACUCAUUGUUAUUGGAGAAACAGGUUCAGGAAAAACAACACAAAUUACACAAUACAUUGCAGAGGCUGGAAUUAAUGGUAACAAGAUGAUUGCAUGUACUCAACCUCGUCGAGUGGCUGCAAUUUCCGUUGCAAGACGUGUUGCCGAAGAAUUUGGUUGUAAAUUGGGCCAAGAAGUGGGUUAUACCAUCCGUUUCGAAGAUUGUACCUCACCAGAUACUGUUCUCAAAUACAUGACCGAUGGUAUGUUAUUGAGAGAGGCGCUUCUGGAUCCUCUUUUAGAAAAGUACUCGGUCAUCAUGUUGGACGAAGCUCACGAACGUAACUUACAUACUGACGUUCUCUUUGCACUUCUCAAAAAACUCACUCAAAAACGAAAGGACCUCAAAUUAAUUGUGACCAGUGCCACUUUGGAUGCAGAAAAAUUCUCCACUUACUUUUACACUUGUCCCAUCUUUACCAUUCCUGGACGAACCUAUCCUGUUGAAAUUUUGUACACUAAGGAGCCUGAAGAAGAUUAUUUGGAUGCCACUCUCAUCACUGUCAUGCAAAUUCACUUGACCGAACCAGCAGGUGACAUUCUCGUAUUUUUGACAGGUCAAGAAGAAAUUGAUACAGCGUGUCAAAUUCUAUACGAACGAAUGAAAGCACUUGGUAGUGAUGUUCCAGAAUUGGUCAUUUUACCCAUCUAUGCUGCCCUUCCUUCCGAAAUGCAAACCAAAAUUUUCGAACCUGCUCCUGUGGGUGGCAGAAAAGUGGUCAUUGCUACCAACAUUGCUGAGACAUCCAUUACGAUUGAUGGUAUUUUCUAUGUGGUUGAUCCUGGAUUUGUGAAACAAAAUAUUUACAAUCCAAAGACAGGUAUGGAUCAAUUGACUGUUGUGCCAAUUUCACAAGCUGCUGCUCGUCAAAGAGCUGGUCGAGCUGGUCGUACAGGUCCUGGAAAGUGUUAUCGUCUCUAUACCGAAGAGGCCUAUAAGAGUGAAAUGUUACCAAACACAGUUCCUGAAAUUCAGAGAACCAACUUGGCCAAUACUGUUCUCACACUCAAGGCCAUGGGUAUCAAUGACUUGUUAAAUUUCGAUUUUAUGGAUCCACCUCCACCACAAUCACUCAUUGCUGCCAUGGAACAAUUGUUCAGUUUGGGAGCUCUCGAUGAUGAUGGUCUUUUGACCAAAAUGGGAAGAAAAAUGGCAGAAUUUCCACUCGAACCACAAAUGGCCAAAACUCUUAUUGCCUCAGUAGACCUUAAAUGUUCAGAUGAGGUAUUGACCAUUGUGUCCAUGCUUUCUGUACAGGGUAUCUUUUAUAGACCUCGAGAUAAGCAACAACAAGCUGAUCAGAAAAAGUCACGCUUCUUCCAGCCUGAAGGUGACCAUUUGACAUUACUUUCCGUGUAUCAAGCUUGGGAGCGAAGUAAUUACAGUAUACCAUGGUGUUUUGAAAACUUUAUUCAAGCAAGAUCUAUGAAACGAGCACAAGAUAUUCGAAAACAGCUGUUAACGAUUAUGGAUCGAUACAAAUUGAAUGUCAUUUCGUGUGGAAAGAAUUAUACCAAAGUUAGAAAGGCAAUUACUAGUGGCUUUUUUGCUCACGCUUCAAAGAAAGAUCCACAAGAGGGUUACAGAACUUUGGUAGAGAAUCAACCUGUGUAUAUACAUCCUGGAAGUGCUAUUUUCCACAGAAAUCCAGAAUGGGUAAUUUAUCACACGCUCUUAUUGACAUCUAAAGAGUAUAUGCGUGAUGUGAUUACGAUUGAACCCAAAUGGUUGAUUGAGUUGGCUCCUAAUUUUUAUAAGGUUCAUGAUCCAGCACAUUUAUCAAAAAGAAAACGUCAAGAAAAGAUUGAACCUCUUUUCAACAAGUACGGUGACGAUCCAUUACAGUUAUUAAAACGAACAAAGAGGUAA